UAAGUUUGUACGACGUGCAGUAACCUCGGCUGAGUAACUGCCGGCGGCAGAGCGGUUGGAUGGAUUUGUUGAGCAACUAACCUCUGUAAAGAACACUGACAUCUUGGACAAAGGUGUGGCGAUAAUGAGAAUCGGUAAAAUCCCAGUGUUGUUACUGAGGCACCGGAGAUGCAGGCGGACGUCUUCGUGAAGGAGCUCGCUGAACUUGCACUGUUGUUUCAGAAAAGUGUGAGGUGCGCACACCAUGGCGGCAUCCAGCUCCCACAUCUUGUUUGCUGUGACAAGGGGAACCUGCUUGUUGUCCAAGCGGCAUGGCUGCACCUCUCUCUCCUCAGUGGCCUGUGUUAGGUACCACCAGGAGCUAACCAGCAGGCCGGUAAUUCCCGUCGUGGCCCUCAAGUGGACGCACCCUUCUUGGGUCCGGAUCCACAUCAAUCUGGGCUGCACGGGGACUCGGUUUCUCCAUAGCUCCUGUGCCUGGCUCCAGGAAGUCAAGGAAAAACCACAGGAGGGUGCUUCUGUCCCACACAGCCCUGUCCCCACUCCUCCUUGUGCUCCGGAGACAGCAGUGGUCAGAAAGUCCCUCGGCCAGAGGGUGGUGGAUGAGUUGAAACACUAUUACCAUGGGUUCCGCUUGCUGGGGAUUGACACCAAGGUUGCUGGCAGGAUGGUGUGGGGGCUUCUGCACGGUCAGCAGCUCAGCAGGCGGGAGCGGAGGAGGCUGAUGAGGACGUGCGCCGACCUGUUCCGCCUCGUCCCUUUUACGGUCUUCGUUAUCGUGCCCUUCAUGGAAUUCCUGCUGCCGGUCUUCCUCAAGCUCUUCCCUGAGAUGCUGCCCUCCACCUUUGAAACGGAGUCGAAGAAGGAGGAGAAGCAGAAGAAGGCGCUGUCUGCCAAGCUGGAGCUCGCCAAGUUCCUGCAGGAGACCAUCGCUGAGAUGGCAAGGAGGAAUAAGGCCCAGGUGGGCAACGAGACACAGAAAUUCUCCUCUUAUGUACAAAAGGUGCGCCACACAGGCGAGCAGCCCAACACCAAGGACAUUGUGCGGUUCUCCAAGCUGUUUGAGGACGAGCUCACGUUGGAGCACCUGGAACGUCCUCAGCUGGUGGCCCUCUGCAAGCUGCUGGAGCUGCAGCCCAUCGGCACAAAUAACCUGCUGCGUUUUCAGCUGCGGCUGCAGCUGCGCACGAUUAAGGCGGAUGACGAGUUGAUAGCCUCCGAGGGCGUAGCCUCCAUGAGCGUGUCCGAGUUACAGGUGGCCUGCAGGAGCCGGGGGAUGAGGUCUCUGGGGCUGACAGCGGAUCAACUCCGGGAUCAGCUGCAGCAGUGGGUGGAUCUGCACCUGAAGGAGAACGUGCCACCGUCCCUCCUGCUGCUCUCUCGGGCCAUGUACCUGACUGACCUCACACCCAAGACCCCUGUUAUCCCACCUGUGCCCAAGAUGGAGGUUACACCCCCUGCCCCCGAAAGGGAUGCUGCUCUGCGGGAGGAGUCCCCAUCUGCUUCUUUAGAUGUGCUGGUGGACCCUGCUCCUGUCCUCACAGAGAGGAAGGGAGAGGAACUAGUGAACAAACCCAUAUCAGACAUGCCCCCGACAGCUGCACAGGUGAUACAGGCUAAGAGUGCAGAAGCGGCCCAGAAGUCCAAAAUGAGUGCCAAUGGGAUGUGAAGUUAAGGUGGGAGCUCUUCCGCCCACUCCGUGUGCUGCUAUGUGGAAACUUCCCUCCUUCUGCAAACUCCUGGAAAAGGGGGUCGGACCACCACUUCUGGACUGAUCUCAGCUCCUGUGACCCCCCCCCCCCUACCCUGAGAAGUACGGGGAUCUUCACUGGGGAGGUGGUCCACCUUCAGCCCUCCCAUCAUUCACCCGGGUUUACUGUGAUGGGGAGAUGUGCAUCCAACAGCCCAACGGCAUCAUUGUUCUUGCACUGCUGCUUUUCAACGCAGCUGAAAUGCAACUUUCCUUUCUGAGAUUAUGCAAAUAAGGCCGUGUUCACAAUCUUGAGUAUUUGUGAGCAGUCUGAAGAAGCAUCUUUUGCUCUCAGUAAUCAGUUGGACCUCUUCUGGGGAAAAUACACUGUAUUUGUGCUUCCCCCCCCAUACUGAUGUCUUGCAUUGCCAGCAUGUUCCAGAACUGCUGGUUUGCAGACGAGAUCUUUUGUAAACUUUUUUCUCUUUUUUUUUUUUUUUUUGCACACCUGUGGAGGUGCACGUUCCCCCCCCCCCCUUCCGAGGAAAGGAUUCAAAGUAUAGCAGCUACAGCCCAGAGCUUCCUGUGGAAAGACAUGGACUGUGGCAGGGCCCAUUUUUACUGUGUUUGUACUGUCAGAGGUAUUCUGUAGACCUGCCUGCUAAUAAUAACUUUUUCUGUUUCUCUUUGUCUUCAGACGUCUCGUAUGACACUCUGCUGUGUAGAACGUGACCUCACAUUUUUUAAAAUUUAUCUUUGGAUUGAGGAAAAAAUCAACAAAAUUUUACAUGGAUGCUGCUGUUUCCAAGGCCUUAAAGUUGUUGCGGAUUGUUUGUUGGACAGGGAGCUUCGGCUUCCCUCUCAUGGCAGGGACUUGAUACAUUUUUUUUCCAGUGGUUUUUAAAUGCCAAAUACAUUUAUAUAACUAUAUGCAGUUUUUUUAAAUUCCUCAUAAGUCAGAGUUCUGUGGUGCUCCUGCCCUUCUUUACCUCAUACAGUGUGCACAUAGUCAGAAAGGACAAACCCCAAAGUGUUAAGGUUCAACCUGCGUGCUGAAUUUUUAUUUUAUUUUAAGCCCUAGGUGCUGGAAAAGCACCCAAAGAAGUGUCUAAACUUGAACACAGAAUCAUGUCUGCGGUCAUCUCCAAACUCGUUACGAAACGAACUGAUCAGAUUGUAUGGAAGUGCUGUUUCCUUCUACCUUUUUCCUUUCUCUUGCACGUGGUAUUAUUGGGGAAUUGUUUGGAUAACUUGUUUUUAACAUGCUGACAGUGGUGCUGUGUAUAUCCUCUGUGUGUGCGAAUAUUGUAUAUGCAUUUUUUUUUUUUUUUUACAGGAAUGAUUUUUGGAUUUCCUAAAGCUCUUAACUGUAAAGGCUAUAAACAGACCCCGGUUGGACUGUGUUUUGACUCUUUCCGGACUCCUCUUGGUCCUACGCAGUUCUCCUGAAACAGAAAGGCCUUCCCAAACAAGCAGGUGCCCAAUUGAGUGGUUUCUGUUUGUUUUAGUGGUAAAAUGAGAAGUGUUAUCGAGCUAUACAUUUGGAUAAAGUUUCCUGUGUAAGUGUGUCCUAGUGUUAGACAUAAAUAGGAGCACCUUUAGUGAACCGAAUAUCAAAUGUGGGAUGAACUUUACGCAUGCCCUAUAAUGUACUUUUUUGUUCCGAGCACAAAGAUGUGAUGAAGAAUGAUGUUGCCGCCAAAUGCAAGCGAGCAGCUGUGCAGAAUAAAGAGCACCGCGUGUUUCAGUUCACA